GGAACAGGCCAAGGGGCUAUAUAACCCUUCAGCUUUGAGCUUCCCUGACCCCACCCAGAGCGGAGAAGCCCAGCUGAGCACUGUCAGGGAUUGUGUGAAGUAGCUCCAGCUGAAGAUGUGUGAAGAAGAGGACAGCACUGCCCUGGUGUGUGACAAUGGCUCUGGGCUCUGUAAGGCUGGCUUCGCUGGGGACGAUGCUCCCAGGGCUGUUUUCCCAUCCAUUGUGGGCCGUCCCAGACAUCAGGGGGUGAUGGUGGGAAUGGGUCAAAAAGACAGCUACGUGGGUGACGAAGCACAAAGCAAAAGAGGAAUCCUGACCUUGAAGUACCCAAUAGAACAUGGCAUCAUUACCAACUGGGACGACAUGGAAAAGAUCUGGCACCACUCUUUCUACAAUGAACUUCGUGUUGCCCCUGAAGAACAUCCAACCCUACUUACUGAAGCGCCCCUGAAUCCCAAAGCCAAUCGGGAGAAAAUGACCCAGAUCAUGUUUGAGACCUUCAAUGUCCCAGCCAUGUACGUAGCUAUUCAGGCUGUGCUGUCCCUCUACGCCUCUGGACGUACAACUGGCAUUGUGCUAGACUCUGGGGAUGGUGUCACCCACAACGUGCCCAUCUACGAGGGCUAUGCCCUGCCCCACGCCAUCAUGCGUCUGGACCUGGCUGGCCGAGAUCUUACCGACUACCUCAUGAAGAUCCUGACUGAGCGUGGCUAUUCCUUUGUGACUACUGCUGAGCGUGAGAUUGUCCGGGACAUCAAGGAGAAACUGUGCUACGUAGCUCUGGACUUCGAAAAUGAGAUGGCCACUGCCGCAUCCUCCUCCUCCCUGGAGAAGAGCUAUGAGCUGCCAGAUGGGCAGGUGAUCACCAUCGGGAAUGAGCGCUUUCGCUGCCCGGAGACCCUGUUCCAGCCAUCCUUCAUCGGGAUGGAGUCUGCUGGCAUCCAUGAAACCACCUACAACAGUAUCAUGAAGUGUGAUAUUGACAUCCGGAAGGAUCUCUAUGCUAACAACGUCCUCUCAGGGGGCACCACCAUGUACCCUGGCAUUGCCGACCGGAUGCAGAAGGAGAUCACGGCCCUAGCGCCAAGCACCAUGAAGAUCAAGAUCAUUGCCCCUCCAGAGCGCAAGUACUCUGUCUGGAUCGGCGGCUCCAUCCUGGCUUCUCUGUCCACUUUCCAGCAGAUGUGGAUCGGCAAACAGGAGUACGACGAAGCCGGGCCCUCCAUCGUCCACCGCAAAUGCUUCUAGAACACGUCUCUGCUCUGUCUGUCUGUCUCUAGCACACAACUGUGAAGGUUUUGUGGAAUACUGUCUUAGUUCCUUUCCAAAUAAUUCCUAGCCAAACCUCCGACUGGUUACCUAUGUGUUUUUUAAAUAAAUCGGAAAUGGGCUAUCAGAAA